AUGGUCUAUGGUGUUGAUUCGGGUGUGCUUGAGUCACCAGCUGACAGAUAUGGAAAAACAUCACUUUGUAUGCGUAAUGCAAAACGGUUGUUUAAAUGUGCCGCCUAUGUAUUCUAUUUUAUUGGUGUUUUGAUAUUUGCUGUAGCCAGCAAAGGCUCAUUUCUUCUAAUGACACAAAGUUUAGGAAAUCGUUUUCAAGAGAAGCAAUAUGCUAGUCGGUGGUCUAUUAUGCUGGUAGCCGUUGUAUGUGUACCAUAUGUAUUUUUAUUUCUCGAAUCGUUAGCUAAAAGUUUAUUUCGUAACAAACGUGGACCGGCAUUGAUCGAUUUAUUGACUAUAUUCGUUCUGGAAAGUAUUCAUACAUUUGGUCUAUGUUUACUUGUAUUUCGUGUUUUGCCAAGUAGUGAUGUUAUUCGAAGUUUAUUAUUGAUGAAUGCUGUAUGUACAAUACCAAGCUUUUGUAAAUUAACAUUAUCAAAAAGUAAUACGCGACCCGUUCUACGAUGUUUUAUGUUAUUUAUUGAUUUGGUUGCGUUUGUUGCUCAGUGUUCAGUCUAUUUUAUUGCUACAAGCACACAAUAUACACCAUUUUUAUCUAAAACAACAACAACACCAUCUUCUAUAGAUAAU